AUGGACGUCAUGAAGAACAAGAGCGUCAACACGGACGCGCUACAGGCGGCCGUCGACGCGCGCGCACGGCAGCGAACAGACGAUGCAGACGCGAACAAGGGACCAGACAGCCGCGAAGACGGAGGAGAAGGAGAGGACGAGCACGAGCCGUCCGAGCGACCGACGACGCUCUCGAGCUGUGUGGAUUACACUGACAUUCAAGACCACGAGCUCUACUACGUGGGCACAGCAGGCGUGAAGGUCACGGAGCUGGACGCUGUCGAGAUGCUGCAGACGCUGAGGAAGUUGCACGUGCGGUCCAAUCUGCUGCGCUCAAUGGCGAGCGUGGCGUCGCUGGUGCAGCUGGAGCACUUGGAGCUCUACGACAAUCAGAUUCAGGUCAUUGACGGCGUGCAGGCGCUUGUGAACUUGAAGGUGCUGGAUCUGUCGUUCAACGAGAUCCGCUCGAUUCCAGACUUGGGGCACUUGCAGCAACUGGAAGAGCUCUAUGUAGCCAACAACAAGUUGACAAGGAUCUCGGGCCUAGCGCGUCUUGGCAAGUUGAAGAAACUGGAUCUUGGCGCUAAUCGACUGCGAGCGAUUGAAGGGCUGGAUGGACUUGCCAACCUGGAGGAGUUGUGGCUCGGUAAGAACAAGAUCACGACGAUCAAGGGACUGGAGAAGCUGGCGAAGUUGCGGAUCACGAGUGUGCAGAGCAACCGCGUGGUAGCAAUCACGGGAUUUGAAAACAAUGCAGAUCUGGAGGAGUUGUAUCUGAGCCACAAUGGUCUUGAGAAGAUUGAAAACGUCGAGCACUUGACUAAGUUGACGACAAUGGAUCUCGCUGGAAACCGCAUCACCAGCAUUCCGACGAAUCUGGCGCCGCUCUCGCAGCUAGAAGAUCUAUGGCUGAACGACAAUCAGAUUGCGCAGUAUGCGGAUGUGGAGAACCUGGCCCCGCUGGCAGCGCUGCGUACGCUGUACCUCGAACGUAACCCGCUCGCUCAAGACUUUGAGUACCGAAAGAAGCUAGAAGAGCUGUUGCCGCAGCUCAAUCAGAUUGACGCUACACCAACGACGAGCGCGAGACAAGGACGCAUGUGA